AUGAACGAGUCUUUCUUCGCCCAUAUGGGUGGGCUGGGCUCCAAUGACAUGCGUCCUCCCUACCAACUGCAGUUUCCUCAUUCUACCGUCGACGAUGAUGAUGUCGAGAGCAACGAUUCCCCCGUUUCCGACACCACUUCACAUCCCUAUGAAACGGGGAGUUCUCAGGGCGAUACCUUCAGCGACCGCUCCUCCGACACCAACUACGGCAACCUCUUUGCCAACGGAACCGCCGUGGGAUAUUUCCCCAGCAUCGAGUUGACCGAGAACGGGGACAUCCGCGAGAACGGCCCUGAGGACGAGCGGCGCUCGGUCUUUCUACCGUCCGUGUCCGGGGACAGCAGCGAUGCAAGCUCCGCCACGCAUGAGAGCGGCUUCAGCAAGCGCCGCGGCGAGCGACACCCCGACAGGGACUGCAUCUUCAGCAGCGAUGGCAAGACUCGUGCGUCGCGAACCACCGCCCAGUCCAUCGCCCAGCAGGCCAUGAACGCCCAGCUUCUCAACCCCAUACAAGAACUACCAGAGGUCUUCUCCGACGAACCCGUGGCCCCGGGCGACAUCGCCCAUCCCGGCCACUGGAACCACGCCGGCGUCACCCAAAUGACUCACGGCCUGCAGGCGUCAUCUGCCAGUGCCAUGGCGGCGUUGGCGUCAUCCGGGGCCUCCUCAGCAGCGUUGUCCAACACCUCCACCCGCCGCACCGACGCGACCGAGGUCGUGGCAUACUUGCCCUGCGAGUUCCAGAAAUACGAAAACUGUACAGCCACCUUUCCCCUCCAUCGGUCUGAGUUCGGCAUCGACGCUUGGACCGACCACAUGGUGAGGAUGCACAUGGCCCAGCGGUUCCCCUCUCGGAACUCGCAGUGCUGGUUCUGCGACAUACAGUUCCCCAUCAACAAGGAUUGCCAGUCCGAUCGAUCCAUCGUCAUAAGCGUAUACAGGAAGCGCAUGAGGCAUAUUGCCCAACACUAUCUCAAGCAGGCCCGCGGCGAGGAAGCCCGGGCCGAGCCGCGCCGAGACCCCGACUUUGAGGCGCACCUGGUUGAAAAUGGUAUCUGGGUAGCUCCCGCCGUCGAGGGCGGCAAAGCAAGAGUCCCGUCCGGCAAUGACGUGAGGGCGCCCAUACAGGAUCGUUGCCUCCCGACAAAGCGUUUCCGAAGUACCCAGUCGGAGGUCGAGGUUAUCACCGAGAGGCGGCGCCAUAGUAGGGGUGGUAGGUCGGAAAGUCAUCAACAGGUAAGGCAUCACCAGUAA